AUGUCAAAAUAUAAAAGCUUUGCCCUAGUAAUCUCAUGACUUGCAUUUUUUGGUUUUUCGACAGAAUCAAGCCCAAGUUUUUUGCAAACUGCAAUAUACCAGUCAGAUCAGUCUACAAGUAAAGGGACUUUAGCAAAUGGAAUUGAAGAGCUGGAUUCAAAUCUUUCAGAUAUAUCAGGACAAACUAAAGAUUCUCUGGAAGUACUCAAUGAUCAAGAAAGCUCUGAAAUUAAAAUAACUGACACUUUUGCAACCUCAACAAUUAAUUAUCAGUUAUAUGAGUUAAAUUCGUUAUUAGAUAGUGUGCAGUCUGAUAUUGAUGAUUUUGAAGCACAAUUGGAUGCAAUCGAGGACUGUGAUGGCUAUCAUACUUGCACAGACUGCACUGUGGACUCAAAAUGUGUGUGGUGUCCAAGCGAAAAAACAUGUGUGGCAGGAGAUGAAACUGGCCCAGAGGAUAAUGUGUGUGAAAAUUUUAAAUAUGGAGAAUGUGAUAGUGUUGGCUGUGAUUUUUAUAAUACAUGCAGCACAUGUUUAUUAGACCCAGAAUGUGGAUGGUGUGAAAAUUACUGUGUGCCUGGGACUUCGGAAGGAUCUUCUUUAUGCACAGGAGAUUAUUAUCAUGUUUAUGGGGCAAACAAUGUCUGCCCGAAGAAAUCGGUAAGUAAGCCUGGUGAUCUUGUAAUUGACCUCUUUGAAAGUAACUCACUCCCCCCCCUUUAAAUUGGAACAAAAUAUCGGUAAAAUUUCCACUUUUUUGGUAAAUUAACCCCCUUUAAAUUGGAACAAAAUUUAAUUUUUUAUAAUAAAAAAUUAUAUAUAAUUUUUAUCUAAAAAGUUUUGAUAUAAGUUAAAUGUUUCUUCUUAACUAAAAUUACAAAUUAGUUAUAUCUUGCUCUUUUUUAAAGAAAAAAGUAUAAAGAGCAUCUUAUUUAAAUAAAUUUAUUAUCCUUAAUUGCUAAAUUUUAAAAAAAAAAAUUAAUUUUUUUGUUUUUAAAAAUUUUCAAAAAAAUUUUUGUUUUUUUUGAUAAAAAUGAUAUUUUUUAUUUGGAUAGUUUUGAUAUAAAUUCAAUAGGAAUUCUUUAUAAAAUUUCAAAAUUUAGUUAUUUCUUGCUUUAUUGUAAAGAAUAGAGUAUAAAUAAUAUCUUAUUUAAACAAAAUUAGUACUUUGAUCGAUAAAUUUUCUAAAAUUUUUUUUUUUUAAUUUUUUUUAUCAAUAAAAAUAUAAUUUUUGUGUAAAUAAUUUUGAUGCCAAUUAAUAGUGGCGUAUUAAUUAAUAAUGAAAAUUUAAUUAUAUCUUGCUUUGUUUUAAAAAGGAUAAAGAGUAAAUAGCGUUUUAUUAAACAAAUUUAUUAAUCUAAUUCGAUAAAUUUUUGAAAAUUUUUUUAUAAAUUUUUAUAUUUUUUAUAAAAAAUUUUAUAUUGAUAUUUUUUUUUUAAAAAAAAAAAAUUAAACCCCCCCUUUAAAUUGGAACAAAAUUUUUAGUUCCAAUUUAAAGGGGGGGGGGAGUCAGAGAAAAAAGAAAAAAUAAAUUACAUAUUGGAGAGGCUAAUUAAAGAUUAUGGAUUCCUUGUUUAACGCAGCAUUUAAGACAAUAAGCCUUAAAGAAGAUUUGCUCAGCUGCGGGUUAGCCUCUCAGGUGUAUCAGUAUUUCCACCAGGUAGCUAAUCGGCUUUCAGCCUUGUUCUUGAUACUGUCUUGAUGCAUUGAAAUACACACUUGAGAGGCUUAGCUGUUUAAAUUUUAGUGGCUGAAGUUGUAGCUAGGGAUAAAAUCCCUAACUAGUUUCAGUCACAGCUAUGCUUUCGUCGUCAGCAAUUAUGGUCUCUAGGAUUAAAAGCCUUUUUCCUAAUGACUGCCAGGAGGAUAAAAAGCUUUCAUUGUCUAAUAUGGAGGCAAAACACAAAUGCCUUUGCCAGAGACUUAAUUUCCUGCUUGGCUUAGCUUCAUGACUUAACAAUAUCCAACUAAACAAGCAAAUGAGAGUCCGGGUUGAUGACAACAUAUUUUUAUUUGCAUUUCAUAUUAGAGAGACUUUAUAGUUUAGAGAGCAGCUUACUCAGUGACUAGCUCCCUCCCUUAACAAAUAAAAAAUUUCUUUGAUAGAGGAUAUAAAAUUUAUAUUAAUUUUUGUUUUUUUAAAUUUGCAAAAAGUGUGAAAUAAAAAUUAAUUUAAUUUGUAAAAUUUAUGUUUUAAAAUGCAAGCUUGUUUUAAAUUAGACAGAAUUAGCCAGAGAUUUUAUUAUAAUAAUUAUCACUUAUAUAUAAAUUUUUUAAUGAAAUUUUUUUAUACUAAAAAAUAUUUUGUCCGCUCAGAGUGAGUUUCUACCUAAAAAAUAGGUAUUUUGCCAAUGGCUUUGUUUGCUCAGUUAGGGGUAGUAAGCCAAAUUUUUUUGUUCCCAUAGAUGAAAGCUAAUUUUUUUUGAAUUUGAAAGUAAAAAUGCAAUUUAAUUUAUAAAAUUUUGUUUUUUGAACUUAAUUAAAAUUUAAGAAUUAUCUUUAUAAAUUAUUAUACACCAAAUAUUAUAAAAUGUUUUAUAUUAAAAAGUUUGUUUAUUGCUACAAAGAAUACUAAUUUACCAAAAAAUAGAUUUUUCUCGCUUACUUAAGAGAGUUAGAAGAAAGUAUUGAAGAAACUAAUAGCAAAUUAGCAUCAAUUAAUCAGCAAUCCGAAGAAGGAACAAGCGUAGAAGUGACAGACACAACUGUAAAAUCUCAAAAUGAUGGUCUUGGAGACCAAGUUGAUGAGAUCUAUGAAGAAGAAAUUAAUGAUGAAAGAGCUUGGCAAAACGAGCUUGCAGAUAACACCACUGCUACAACUGUAGAUGAAAUCAAUCAGCUGCUCAUUGAAAGUGAAAAUGAAAUGAAUGAAAAUGUGGAUGAAUCUUAUGCGCUGCUUGAAGAAGAAAUUGAUUGGCUGGAAGGAAAUAUUACUGCAGAAAUUGACGAGCUUGAACAAGAAUAUGAAGAAACUGAGAGUGAGUUUAAUGAAAAUCAAGAAGCCCAAGCUGAAGCAGACGCAGCAGCUGCUCAAACUACUACUGAUACAACUACAACAGAUAGUUCGACAACGUCAACUGAUGAAUCAGGAACUAGCUCUCUAUAUGAGAAAGAGAAAAUUCUUUUGCUUGGUUACAAAAAUAGUAUUUUUAUUAUGAAAAUUUUUUUUUUUAAAAAUGAGUUAACAUUUAAAUAUUAAUUUAUUUUUAGAAUGCUGAAAAAAAUUAACAGGAAUUUUAAUUAAUUAAUUUAUAUAGAAAAAUUUCAUUUAUAGAGGAAAUUAAUGCUCUCAAAAUUAGUUUUUUUCUGUAUUUUUUUCCAAAGGAGGAGUGAGACAACUGAUCAAACAUCAACUGAAUCCUCAGAAACAGGAGAUGCAGAUUCAGCUGAAACUGAAGAAGCCUCUUCAGAAAGUGUUUUCCUUCAGUUUUCAUCUUACCUUUUUACUCGAAGCAAGCUACUUCUAUCAAAUAUUUCAAAUUAA